UACAACAUCCUCAACAUCAGGUCAUGUGAUCACGAGGCCUCCUUUAUAAACCAUCGCCUCAAGCCUGUUCUCCAUUUUACUCUGUUCUUUCAGCCAUUCCGAAUCUUGAUUCCUCCGCCUUAGCCACAGUGUGUCCAAGUUAACACAACAAAUGGAGAAUUUAAUUGGAACCUGGGAGCAUGUAAAGGAGGAAACCACUGGUGUUGAUGAAUUCAUCGAAGCAAACGCCGUGCCUUCCCCAGCCAAGGAAAUGAUAAAAGAAAAAGGUGGAAACUUGACGAUUCGUCGUGAUGGUGACCAAUGGUUCACCGAAACAAUUAAUGGUGACCGGACGGACACAAUUAAUUUCCGCCUUGGAGAGGAAGGGACUUACAAAUUCGGUCCCAUGGAAACAAAGAUCAUGAGCACCUGGGAAGAUGGGAAGCUUCUGGGUACUCACACUCGAAACGACAGAGUCAUCAAAACAGCCUGCUAUGUCAGCGGUGACCGGCUGAUCGUGGAAACAACUGCUAGUGGUGCGACAAUGGUAAACAAGUACAAACGCCUAUCAUAACUUGUCAGAAAAACAAGACUCCAGGUUUUCAGUCUCUUCCUCACUACUUCUGUCUUACUUUAACAACUUUUAAUUCUCUGUACUUGCAAAAAUAAAAUUCACAAAAAGAAAACAAA